GAUACCCAAAAGAGCCUCCGAAAAACGGGUUCAAAUCGGGCAUGGAACCCUCGCCCGAAACAGCCCGGUUUCCCGCAGCUGGAUACCAAACACACUGCGUCGAUUCCUCCUUUUCUAAAAAGCGAACACCAAACCGAGGAGGUUGCGGGGCAUCCUAAUAACAGCAGAACAGCAUGGGGGGCAAUCGAGAGCUCAUCGUGGCCAUCGACUUUGGCACCACGUUCACGGGGGUAUGCUGGAUGGAAACGUCCAGGCCGUUCACGCAUAACACCAUCGGUUUAUGGCCGGGCGAGGACGGCACCAAGAAGAGCAGCCCGAAGGUGCCUUCGGAGCUACUAAAGACGGGUGAUACCUAUCAAUGGGGGUUCCAAAUCCCUCAUCAGACAGCAGCGAGAGAAAAGCUCUUUAAGCUGAGACUCCAUGAUGACGACACCCCUCCCGGCGCAUCAGAAGCGGAGACACUUACCCGAAUCUACCUGGAAUGCCUCCAUAAGCAUGUCUGGGAGACUCUAACAGAUCGAUUCUCGGCCGAAGUCCUGCGCUCCGUGCCUAUUCACUUUGUCAUCACGGUCCCAGCGAUAUGGACGGAAUCGGCCAAGAUCAAGACCCUGAAUGCAGCCCGUGACGCCGGGUUUCGGGGGGAUAGAGAGACUCAAGUGGUCUCUGAGCCGGAAGCCGCUGCAAUUUAUACGCUGGUCGACAAGAAAGAUGCGGCAAUGCUUGAGGUUGGCAAGAGAUACGUUGUUUGCGACGCCGGCGGCGGCACCGUGGAUCUAAUCACGUACAAGGUCACUCAAAUGCGUGAGCUUAUGGUCGAGGAGGUGACCGAGGGCAAUGGAGGCAAAUGGGGGUCCACGAUCCUGAACAAAAGAUUCAGGGACUACCUCAAGAACAAGAAUCCGACUUACUGGGACGAGGCCAGGCUCUGCGAACCGAUGCAGGAGUUCGAAACGUACAAAAAGACGUGGCGCCCGGAGGCGCCGCCGAUGGUGCUCGUCGUCGAUCGGUCGAUAGAUCCCGAGCGCCAGUUCGAAGUGCCACAAAAGGACAUGACCGAAAUAAUAUUCGAGCCUAUCAUCCAGCAUGUCCUAGACCUGAUCCGGGGUCAGAUCGAAGCGGCCGGCGAUGGGGUUGCGGCGGUGCUGAUGGUCGGCGGUUUCAGCGAGAGCAAUUACCUGCGCAGACGCGUCCAGGAGGCUGUCGAUCACCAAGGCAUCGCGGUUCUGCAGCCCGGGAGCCCCUGGACCGCCGUCGUGCGCGGCGCAGCUAUGAUGGGCCUUCGCAGCGUUGCCCCGCACCUGGGCCAGAUCCAGGUCACCAGUCGGGUUGCCAGGCAGAGCUACGGUGUCGAGCUGAGCGUGCCCUUCGACGACAAGGUCCACGAUAAGUCCAAGAAAUACGGAGACAGGGGUGGGUGGAAGGGCCUGGUGAAGACGAUGAACUGGUUCAUCGUCAAGGGGAAGUCCUAUCCCGAAAUCGAUGUGGCCAAGUUGGACUUCGUGUACAACAUCCCCAAAAGUAAAUCGGGGAAGAAGCCGGACAAGGAAAUGGUCAUAUACGGCCACUCGGCAAGCACGCCGCCGCCAGUGUACAAGGACGGGGACACAAUCAAGAUUGCUCGCCUGAGACUGGACCAGAAUCGCGUUUCCCAAGAGGCGCUCAACGAGGUCGGCGUACACUGGACCUGGUUUCAUCGGUACCACAAGAUCGCAGGAGCCCUCGAGGUCUCCUACGGAUCUGCUCUUAUUGAGUACACAGUGAAGCUCGCCGGCAAGGUUCACGACGUCAUCACGGUACACUACGACGAGGAAGUGUCAAAAGGCGACACAGGAUCGGACGUGAGCGUACUCGCUCUAUUGGGGGUGGAUGAAGACUUGGAUAGUCCCGAGUCUCGGUGAAUAUUAACAAUAUGCUACACUGGGGGGCAGCUCCCUGGGUCAUCAAGAGAGUUACCGCUGUUAAUGCAACAUAAAUGACGAUAUCAUGUAGCAAAAAGAACAAGAAGCAAGUAAAUCAAGCCAAGCUCCCUGGGCCGCAUGUGGUCUCCAGGGGCUGCCUCGCCGCCGCCGCA